GGAGAACCCUUUUUUUCAGGUAGGACCCUUUUUGGUUCCAUGUAGAACUCUCUCUGGAAAGAGUUUUACAUGGAACUCAAAAGGGUUCUACCUGGAACCAAAAAAGGGUUCUUCAAAGGGUCCUGCUAUGGGGACAGCCGAAUAACUAUUUUUCUUUCAAGAUAGCAUCGUUUCUUCUAUGAAUGAAGUAGUAAGCCACACCUAGGUCUGGGAUACUAAAUGUACUGUUCCUUGCAGCAACAGGUGUCAGGGAAACAUUUUUGCUAACGCCUUUUGUAGGCAUUUUGCUAACAUAAUCAGAAACGUCUUAAGAGGGGCGCUGCUCACCUUGUAGCCAGGACAGAACAGGUGAACUCUCAACUUCAGGGCCUGGUUAGAGAGCAACUUUGCUGAACUCAUGUUCCAUCUUUUUCAGUGGUUUUAACAUUUUGUUAAAUGUAACUAUUUCUAGCGAUAUUAGGCUACACACGUUACCAUUUCGUUGUCAUUGUUAAAGUGGUUGUUUUGAUUCCUUGCCGCUACAUUUGUCUCUUUCCUUAAUUCAUGUCAUUAUCUGGUGUUUGGUCCUCUGAGUGGAUGAAUGCGGUGUAUAGGAGCUCAUAAACAUUUUCUAACACUUCCGCGUCGAACACACCGACAUAAUCAUUGCAUUUUGGUACACCAGAAUUAAGUUAAUCUCCAAUGAAAGCUGCGUUUGCCUUGCAGCGUGUUGGAUUUAUUGAACAUAUGCGGUCAAACUAUAUGUACAGUGGCUUGACAGAAAUGGUAGCAGAAGUCUAAUGUUGAAUACAUAUCCAGAUGAUGCUGCGUACUAUUUUGCGCAAUCCCUGUCGGUGUGAUCGAAGCGUCACAAGACAUUCCCUGUAGUCCCGCGGCCGAUGGCCUCUGUUCGCCCGUAGCCUAGAAAGAGUUAUUUUUAUGCUAUGACAUAGACCUUGGUUUCAACUGUGUUCAUUGCAAUUUAUGCUGCAUUUUCCCUAUCUGUUUGGUUUCAUUGUUAAUCUAUCUACUAUUUAUGCUGGAUUCGUGCCUUCAUUGUACCCGCUUCAAUGUAUGCCUGAAUACAACAUUGUAGGCCUAGCUUACAAUGCAAAGAAAACAGACCACAGAAGCUAGGAAUUACCCAGUAAACUCGUAAUUGGAACAGGUAUCCGGUUACAUUUCUCCAACGUUCCACGAUUUGGGGAGACUGCGCAGUGUGUAGCCUACACUUCCCGUGGAAAGCAGCAUACAAAAUUGCAUGUGUAAGCACAACUGAGUUAGCAGACCUGGAUUGCAGUGCAGAAUGUCCCGUUGAGGAGAAGAUAAAGCAACAGAAGAGGCAAGAGGACAUCCAACCCAGAAACGUUCUGUUUUUCUCCAUCCUGAUUACAUACACAGCGAUUCUCCACCGGGGAAAGAUGGGGUGCCAGACGGCAUUUAGCCCCCGACACCUUGUCCUCAAAGUGUUUUUGGUACAGUUAAUCGCCUUUCUCCAGAAAACCUCUGCAGCCCCCUCGCCCAUUAUCAAGUUCCCAGGAGACGAUAGUCCAAAAACAGACAAAGAAGUGGCUCUGCACUAUCUGAACAAGUUCUAUGGCUGCCCACAAGACAGAUGUAAUCUCAUGGUGCUGAAAGACACCCUGAAGAAGAUGCAGAAGUUCUUCUCUCUGCAAGAGACGGGCGAGAUCGACCCCAAGACAGUGGAGAUCAUGAAGAAGCCCCGCUGUGGAGUUCCUGAUGUUGCCCAAUACAACUUCUUCCACAGGAAACCAAAGUGGCAGCAAAACGCCAUCACCUACAGGAUUCUAGGCCACUCUCCUGACCUGGACGAGGAGACUAUUGAUGACGCCUUCUUAAGGGCCUUCAAAGUCUGGAGUGACGUCACCCCACUCAAGUUCACCCGCCUCAUGGAUGGAGAGGCUGACAUCAUGAUUAACUUUGGCCGCAACGAGCAUGGUGAUGGCUACCCCUUCGAUGGUAAAGAUGGUCUGCUGGCUCAUGCCUUCGCUCCUGGACCAGGCACCGGAGGAGACUCCCACUUUGAUGACGACGAGCAGUGGACCCUGGGAGAAGGACAAGUUGUGAAGGUGAAGUUUGGUAAUGCAGAGGGGGAGUUCUGUAAGUUCCCCUUCAUGUUUAUGGGGAAGGAGUACAACAGCUGUACCAAUCAGGGCCGUGAUGAUGGAUUCCUCUGGUGCUCCACCACAUACAACUUUGACGACGACGGCAAAUACGGUUUCUGUCCCCAUGAGUUGCUGUUCACCCUGGGUGGAAACGCGGACGGAGCUCCCUGUAAGUUCCCCUUCACGUUCCAAGGGGAGAACUAUGAUGGUUGCACCACUCAGGGGCGUGACGACGGCUACCGCUGGUGUGCUACGACUGAGAACUAUGACAAUGACAAGUCCUACGGGUUCUGCCCUGAAACAGCCAUGUCCACCGUUGGAGGAAACUCUGAGGGUUCCCCCUGUGUGUUCCCCUUCACGUUCCUUGGAGACACUUAUGACAGUUGCACCGCCUCUGGACGUAGCGACGGAAAGAUGUGGUGCGCCUCCACCAAGAGCUACGACGACGACCGCAAGUGGGGCUUCUGUCCUGAUCAAGGCUACAGUCUGUUCCUGGUUGCGGCCCAUGAGUUUGGCCACGCCCUGGGCUUGGAGCACUCCCAGGACCCUGGUGCUCUGAUGGCCCCCAUGUACACCUUCACCAAGAACUUUAGACUGUCCAAUGACGACAUCAAGGGAAUCCAGGAGCUCUAUGGUACUGGUACAGACAAGCCCGUGCCUCCCACCCAGGGCCCAGUCACUCCUAUGGACAUCUGUAAUGAACCUGUGGUGUUUGAUGCUGUGGCCCAGAUCAGAGGAGAGACCUUCUUCUUCAAGGACAGGUUCAUAUUCAGGUCAACUAACUUCCGGGGCAAGCCUUCAGGUCCCAUGCUGGUAGCGACCUACUGGCCUGAGCUCCCAGUCACCAUCGAUGCUGCCUAUGAGAACCCACUGGAGGAGAAGACUGUGUUCUUUGCAGGCAAUGAGAUGUGGAUCUUCAAUGCAGACCAGAUAGAGAAAGGCUACCCCAAGAGGAUCUCCUCUAUAGGCCUGCCCACAGACCUGAAAGGCAUUGACGCAGCCUUCUCCUUUGGAAAGAGCCAGAAGACCUACCUGUUCGCUGGAGACCAGUUCUGGAGGUACAAUGAAGCCAAGAAAAAGAUGGACCCUGGCUUCCCCAAGCUCAUCGCUGACUCCUGGAACGGAAUCCCAGACGGCAUUGACUCUGCCUUUAGUCUGAAUGGCAUCGAUUACACCUACUUCUUCAAAGGUGCCCACUACUUCAAAAUGGAUGACAGUAGCCUGAAGAUCGUCAAACUGGGCGAGAUUACAAAGGACUGGCUGGGUUGUCACUAAGCAACAGUGAGACGCAUAGACGUUGGCUAAGCUCUCAGCGGACUGAUUCCCCCAUCCCUAUCCAACCAGCCUAUCCUGCACCCUAGCCUAGAAACUAAAGACACCCUCUAACACACCGUGGGACCAUCUGCACAGGCGGAACGUAGGCAUCAGGAUUUUGUAUUAUAUUACUGUGUGAUAUUAUCAGUUUCUAUGUUAUGAUGAUGCAGAUUUACUUUGAUCUCUCUACCCCCUGGUUUGUUAUUAGAAACUCAGACAUCCGGUAUGUCCACACUACAUAGAGACAGGCAGUGUUGUACUGGAAGAUAUUCUCCUAUAUAAAUGUACCUUCACCUGAGCAGUAUUGCAUCAUCUGGAGAAUGAAUGCUGUCUAUAUUUACUGCUAUGUCUGCAAUCUAGAGAGUACAUGAUACCGCAAUAGAAUGAGAAAUAGUCAAUAGCAAUUUCAGUGUUGUGGAAUACAUUUGAAAAUAUGAAUUUGCACAAUAUGUCUGGACAGAUAAUGGUGCUUAUAGAAAAUGCUUAAUUGCAUGAUCCUAUAUUUGAUAUGCAGUUUUUCUACAUUCUGUUCAGACUAUUUUCAGAAGUAAGUACUUAUAGACACACCUUAUUCUUCAAAUAGGGCUAGCACUUUGUAUUAGACUAUACAGGGGUACUGCACAAAUAUGGAGACCAAAUUCUCCAUUUUGUAGGAUCUGUCUAUUGUUUCACUGAUGGUACAGGGAGAUAAAAGGCACGGACUGCCUAGAGAAUAUCUGGUUUGUUGUUGCAUGAUAGAGUCAUGACAAGAGAAGUACCACAGAAGUAUUGUGUAAUAAUCUUUUUGUUUUGUUGUUUUGAUACUAGUCAUUUUGUUUUGAUUAGUAUACUUUUUAUAAUGUUUUGUGCAAUGUGUCAUUCUCUGUCUGUAAAAUAAUAAAGAUGGAUGGUCAAUA